UAAAUCAGCCACGAUGGUAGAUAGUAGGCAUGAAUGAGUAAGUGAGUAAGACUUAUUAACAAACGAGACUUCUGUUGAUUAAACUUCACGUGAUUAUUCGUACGUUGUUAUCUAGGCUGGAUAUUUUGAAAUCGUUUGUGGAUCUAGAUAGUCAUGUGUUAACAGUAAUUCAUUUAUAAAACUUUGUGUGUGUUAUACAGACAAUUUGAAGCUGAGAGGACUACGAACACACGAUAAUUUUCAUAUUUGAAAAUUUUACAAACAACAGAGCCAACUUGAGAUAAUCAAUUCGCCACUAUUCUGUGCACUUCGUAUAUUCAUGCGCUAUAAGCAGUGACAUUUCUCAUUAGUGAGUUUGAGGCGAAGGAUAGAGAUAGAGAAAAAAACCAAAAACUGACAAGAUGGUGGAAGGUGGCAUGAAAUGCGUGAAAAUUCUGCUUUUUAUAUUUAAUCUUGUAUUUGUGAUUGCUGGUGCAGGGCUGAUUGGAGCAGGUGCAGCAGUCCAGAUCAAGUUCAAAGACUAUUUUGCGUUACUAGGGGGACAAUUCAGCUCGGCGGCAGCUCUCCUGAUAGCUGUGGGUGUCAUCAUUUUUUUCAUUGCUCUCUUCGGAUGCAUCGGAGCAUGGAAAGAAAACCACUGCUGUGUGAUGAUUUAUGCUGUGCUGCUGAUCAUCAUCUUUAUUCUGGAAAUCUCGGCGGGAAUAGCAGGCUAUGUGUACCAUGGCGAGGUUGAGACCGAGGUGAAGAAGCUGAUGGGAGAGACGCAGCAGCAGUACAAACAGGGAGGGGACAAAUCCGAGGUCUGGAACACCAUCCAGAAGGAGUUUAAAUGCUGUGGUAUCUCGAACUACACAGAAUGGUAUUCGGUGUAUAAUGAAACCAAGGUUCCUAGUUCAUGCUGUAUGAAUUCCACCUGUACAGGACUUGCAUCGGAUAUCCCAGGAAACAUCUACACAGAGGGAUGUCUAACCAAGUUUGAGAAUUAUGUAAAGGACAACAUUUUCAUUGUUGGGGGAGUUGGAAUUGGUCUGGCUUUUGUUCAGAUUGUUGGAAUCCUGUUUGCUUUCUGUCUUGCACGUGCUCUGAAGAAGGAGUAUGAAGUAGUGUAACAUGUUAAUGGAAUACCAAAGAGGAGGUCACUACGUCAUGACAGGAAGUGGACGCGUUCUGAAAAAGUCGAGAAAUUUAAGAAAAGAAAUUGAACGUUAAAUUGCAAAUUAUUUUUCAGGUCUUGUGUUGCAAAUUUUAAAUAUAUUUUGGCCACCAUUUACUAUUGGUGUUUUUUUGUUGUAUUGCAUAGAAGAUUUUGAAGCUUGAGUGAUAAGUGUCCUCUUCUAUUGUUCAGCAUGAUGUUGACAGUCGUGCUACAUCCUAAACACUAGUAUUAAUCCAUUUCUGCUAUGUAGAUGUUAACUUGCAGUAUUGUAGUCUGGGGUUCGGUCUUCUCUGUUCACUUGUAGGCAGAAUAUUCAGUCGAAGUUAAGCACCAGUUUAUGUUUUAUAUGGAUUGUGCCUGUUUCUCUGGGACGGAGAUUUUUGGGGGAUUUAUUUUCAUUUUUGUCAUUCAUUCUCAUUUUUUGUAUGUGUUCUGAGGUCACAGUGUAUUGUAUUACUAUGAUGAUACAGAGGUCUGAAUGCUUCAGUAAUGGUCAGGCGAUUUUGAACAGUAAUUGAGAAAACAUUUUUACCAAUCAUGUAGUGAUGAAAAUUAAUGCAAAUGUUUUUCUCUACUCUUUUUUUUCAUAUUUCUGAAAGCAUAUUAAAAAUUAAGAUUUUUUUGUAUUAUAUAUGUCAUAGUUGUUAUUUUUUGAACAAAAGUACCUCUUUGUUAAUUCUCUUUCAGAAAUUGUUGAUUGCAAUAUAAAUGUUGUGCUUGUUAUAUUAAUUAAGGCUUGGAAGUAAUUAGAAACUUUGAUUUUCAAGGGACAAUUUUUGUGGGGAAAGAAGUAUUUUUGUAUAAACAGGGAAGAGAAAGUUGUUUAUAUUUUGAUACCAGAUUCAUUAUAACAGAAAUUUUAUUGUAAAAAGAUGAGCUUUAUUUGUUUGCAUAAAAGGAAAAUUCCAACAAUAUUUAUAAUACUUUUACAUAAAAGGAAAAUUCCAUCGUUUAUGGGGGAAAAGUGUUUAUAGACUAACGUGCCUUCAGUUUCAUGAAGAACUAACUGAGUAGUGCUGCUGGACAGAUGAAGGCUUUAAUACUAAUCUGAUUUACUUUUGCAAAUAUUUUGGUGCAUCCAAGGUAUGGGUGGGACUUGCUGUUGCUAUUUAAAGUGCAUAUUCUUGUACGCAAAGCAUUGCUGUUAAUCUGUCAUUUUCUAAUACGUUAAGUGUAGUUACACAUUAAAUGUUACCAAAUAAAGCAAUGUCUCUUGAC